AUGGAUAUUUUAAAUUUUGGUUUUUUCUUUUUUCUUGUAGUCAUUAGUUUAUUAGUAGGUUUUUUAUACAAAUGUUUAGCCCAAAUCGAUGAUUUAAAAAAACAACAACAUCAACAAGCCCAUAAAGAUUUAGACAACGAUUAUUCAUUAACAAUACUCAAAUUGAAUAAUGAACUUAAAAGAUUAGAAAUUGAAAAAAGGGUCCAUAAUAAUCAUCUUUCAAAUAUUUCAAAGAAACAAGAGGUCAUCGAUCAAAAAAAUAAAAGUGAGUUGGAAAAAUUAACUAAUGUUAAAAAUACCCAAUCACUUGAAAUCAAACAAUAUCAAAGCUUAGCAAACCAACAAGGACAACAACUUCAAGACUUUGAUAUUAAACAAUCAAAAUUGGUCGAAGAAAAGGACACUCUCAGUGCUAAAUUAGAAAGACAAUUUAGCAAAUCAAAACAAUUAAAUGAACAAUUAGUAGAGAAAGAUGAAACUAUCCAAAUGCUUGAGAAAAAGCUCCAAUCAGAACAAAUGGCUAUUUUUCAACUCAUAUCCGAGAACAAUCAAACAUUGGAUAGAUUAAAAUCUAGAUCAUAA